AUGGGGAUCCGUGUAGAAAGCGUUUUCAAGCUAUCCACGGUAAAAAAGAUUGCAAGAGCGUAUGCCACGCGUUCUAGUACGAAUUUAACGUCUACUACGAAGGACAAUACUUUUGGUCGGGGCACAGAUGCUUGUCAUGACAAUGCACAUUGGCAAAAAACGCCCAUCGGGAGCCAAGCCAAGAGAAUGUUGGCAGACCCAAAGCCCAAACAAACCCGAUUGGUCGUGGAUGGCCCAAUUGAGUGUCCAAUUGAAGGAUUUCAGCUUUUGAACUCCCCGCUUUUCAAUAAAGGUUCUGCUUUCACGAAUGAAGAGCGUGAAGCGUUCGAACUCGAGGGAUUACUUCCUCCGAUGGUCAACACGCUUGACGAACAAGUGGAGCGUGCUUACAAGCAACUGUGCUACCUCAAGACGCCAUUGGCCAAAAACGACUUCAUGACGUCAAUGCGUGUCCAAAAUAAGGUCCUAUUCUUCGAAAUGGUGCGCCGUCACAUCCGGGAACUUGUCCCAAUCAUUUACACACCAACGGAGGGAGACGCCAUUGCCGCGUAUUCGCAUCGUUUUAGGAAGCCAGAAGGUGUUUUCCUGGACAUUACUGAGCCGGACUCCAUUGAGCGUCGUCUAGAGUCAUAUGGUGAGGACAAAGAUGUAGAUUACAUUGUUGUCAGUGACUCUGAAGGUAUUUUGGGUAUUGGUGAUCAAGGUAUCGGUGGAAUCCGUAUUGCAAUUUCUAAGUUAGCCUUGAUGACUCUUUGCGCUGGUAUUCAUCCUGGUCGCGUUCUACCUGUCUGUCUUGACGUUGGUACGAAUAACAAAAAACUCGCACGCGACGAGUUGUACAUGGGUAACCGUUUUGCUCGUAUCAGAGGUAAACAGUAUGACGAAUUUGUCGAUAAAUUCAUCCAGGCCGUUAAGAAGCGGUUUCCAUCUGCUGUUCUGCAUUUCGAAGAUUUCGGUGUCACCACCGCAAGACCUUUGCUUGAUCUUUACAGAAACCAACUGGCAUGCUUCAACGACGAUAUCCAAGGUACCGGUGCUGUCGUAAUGGCCUCUUUCUUGGCGGCGUUGAGACACACCCACCGCAAGCUAGCCGACUCCAAAAUUCUAGUUUACGGUGCCGGAUCUGCUGGUCUCGGAAUCGCUGACCAAAUCGUAAACCAUAUGGUCACAAGCGGUUUAACCCCAGAAGAUGCUCGUUCCAAGAUUUUCCUCAUGGACAGACGCGGCCUUAUCAUGUCCUCUAUGGAAAGCAUGAGCUCACCUGGACAAUACCUGUAUGCUAAGCCAGACAGCGAAUGGGAGGGCGUCACUACAACAUCAUUGAUCGAGGUUUUGUCGCGCGUCAAGCCAACAUGUUUGAUCGGAUGUUCUACUCAGGCUGGUGCGUUUAACCAGGCUGUCGUUCAAGAAAUGCACAAGCACAAUCCAAGACCAAUUAUUUUCCCUCUUUCAAACCCAACUAGGUUGCACGAAGCUGUACCCGAGGACUUAAUGAGAUGGACCAAUUUUGAGGCUCUAGUCGCAACUGGUUCGCCAUUCCCACCAGUCGAAGGUUACCGUAUUUCAGAAAACAACAAUUGCUUCUCGUUUCCUGGUAUAGGUCUAGGAGCUGUUCUUUCCCGUGCUUUCACGAUCUCGGAUACGAUGAUAUCUGCCGCUGUCAACCAACUAGCGUCGCUUUCUCCUAUGACUGAAGGUAACUCGAAGCCUGGCCUUUUGCCUCCAUUGGAAGUCAUAAAUGAUACAUCUGCGAAGGUUGCCACAGCAGUAGUUUUGCAAGCCCUGGAAGAGGGUAGUGCUCGGGUCGAAAAUGAGCUCGUGCCGGGCACGAAGAAUAAAGUUAGAGUUCCUCGCGACUUCGACGAAUGUCUGAAAUGGGUCACAAGUCAAAUGUGGAAACCAGUCUAUAGACCAAUGGUUAAGGUUCAACACGAUCCUGAAGUUCAUUCUCAUCAAUGGUGA